AUCAUGUCUCUUAGCCCUGCAGGCCAGCUUUUACCUUCGCUAAAGCUUGGCUUUGCCGAAGUGUGUGAGUCUUGGCGUCUUCUUUCAUACUUCUUUCCGGAUAAAAUUGGUGGCAGACCAGCAUGGCUCGCCCUAAAGCACUUGCCUUUACCUUCACAUUUGGCAUGCCAAUACUGUGGCGAGCCCAUGGCCUUCAUGCUUCAGCUGUACUCACCUAUCGAAAACAAUGUAAAUUGUUUUCAUCGGUCCUUAUUCGUUUUUAUAUGUAAAAAUGGUAAAUGCUUCCAAAUUGGAAAUUCACCGGUCAAAGUUUUUCGCUCCCAGUUGCCGCGCAUGAAUGAAUAUUACAGGUUUCUACUGUUAUCACCUAAUUCCUUAGUUAGCUUUGAACCUCCUCAAUGUAAUACAAGGACUGAGCUUGAAGCUUUAGCUGCUGACUCCAAGUUGUCUGAUCCUAGACUCUUUGGUGAUAUAUGUCCUGUGUGUGGAUGCCGAGGCGAUAAAAUGUGUCAUACAUGCAAUCUGGCAUCUUAUUGUUCCAAAAAUCACCAGUUUCUUCAUUGGGAGCAAGAACAUAAAGCUGAAUGUGUACGUGGCCCGUACAAAAACGCUUCAUGUCUACCUCUUCUCAUUCGUUCGAAUUCGUUCCUGUUACCGGAAUUUAAUUUAUGCUCCGAAGAUGCUGACCAAAGUCAAAUUCUUCAAGAAGAUACGUCUGAUAUACCUUCCCAAAUUAACUUUUGCGAAGAAGAUCAAGAAUCGGCUGCCUUGGAAGAAAUGGCGAAUAAGGAAAGUGAGGAAGAGGCCCUGUUUGAAAAAUUGAAGACUGCAAUGAUGACCGAACAGGAUCAGGUUGUACGAUUUCUACGAGGUGGACAACCAAUAUGGUUGUCGAAAUCGGUUCCUUUCAUUCCAUGCUGCGAGGUCUGUGGAUCGGAAAGGGUUUUUGAGUUCCAGUUAACUGGGGACAUUCCUGAUCCAUUACUCAAUUAG